AUGCAGUUCUGCUUGUUCUCCUUUGCCCUGAUCAUCCUGAACUGUAUGGAUUACUUUCACUGCCAAGGCGGCCGCUGGAGACUCAGCAAGAGAGCUAACUAUGGACCAAAUCCAAUUUGCAAAGAUUGCUUGUCUUGUUCAAAGGACAAUGGAUGCAUCAGAUGUCAGCAUAAUUUGUUCUUUCUGCGAAGAGAAGGAAUGAGACAAUAUAGGGAAUGCUUGAAUUCCUGCCCACCAGGGUACUACGGUCUCCAAGCCCCAGACAUGAACAGAUGUUCAAGAUGCAGAAUAGAGAACUGUGACUCUUGCUUCAGUCGAGAUUUUUGCACCAAGUGCAAGCCUGGGUUUUUUCUCUACCGAGGUCGAUGCUUCGAAGAAUGCCCUGAUGGCUUUGCGCCAUUAGAGGAGACCAUGGAAUGUGUGGAAGGUUGCGAAGUGGCCCCUUGGGGGACGUGCAGCAGAAACAACAAAACAUGUGGAUUUAAGUGGGGUUUGGAAACCAGGACAAGGCAAAUUGUGAAAAAGCCAGCAAAGGACACGAUACCAUGCCCAACCAUUGAAGAGCCUAGAAGAUGUAAAAUGGCCCUGAGGCACUGUCCAGGAGAAUAUUCAAAAGCCAGUGGGGAAACAUUUCAAACCUCCCAGAACAGUCUGUAA